AUGGCACUGGAACGGUUUCUCAUCAAAAGCUUCCGAGGCUUACCCAAGGAGAAGUGCAAUGAAGGACUACAGAAGAAGAUGGAACGCAAUGCUGAAUUGCGACAGAUACAGCAACGGAAGAUAGCCAAACAUCUGGAAAGAAGAAGAAAGAGACUAGCAGGACUUAAACAACGCGCUCUCUACCAUGCAAAAGAGUACAUUAAACGUGACCGUGAACUUGUCCAACUGCGCCGCCAGGCAAAAGCUGAAGGAGCAUUCUACAAGGAGGCUGAUGCCAAGGUUGUAUUUGUUGUAAGGAUCAAGGGUAUCAACAAAAUCACACCAAAACCAAGGUUGAUCCUCAAGUUGUUCCGACUACUUCAACUACACAAUGGUGUGUUCAUCAAAAUGAACAAGGCUACACUAGAAAUGCUCAAAUUAAUCACACCAUACGUCACUUUCGGGUACCCAAGCUUGGCUACCAUCAGAAAGCUACUCUACAAAAGAGGAUACGCCAAAGUAGGGAGGAGAGGCGCAUGGAGCCGUGUGCGUAUUAGCAAUGACCACAUUAUCGACGAGCACCUAGGCAAAUACGGAGUACACGGAAUGGAGGACAUUGUACACCAGAUAUACACAUGUGGACCAAGAUUCAAGGAAGUCACCAACUUCCUAUGGCCGUUCAAACUGAACUCACCAAGAAAGGGAUUCGUAGCAAAGAGACACGGGUUCGCCGAAGCCAGAGGCGGGGAUGCCGGAAACAGGGAACACCUUAUCAACGAGCUGCUCGUAAGGAUGAUAUAA